AUGGCCACAGUUUCACAAUUUUUGGCUCUCCAUAAAGAAUUCACAGAUCAAAUUGACUUGUCUUAUACAAGGCUGAGCACUAUCAAAGAUGUGGUUGACAUCUUUCUGCCUAGUGAUAAAAUGAAGAUUCUCAAUGAGUUUAAAACAUUCGAAGAAGUACAAUUAGCCGUUUGCGGGUAUAACUCAUCUGGUAAAACAUCAUUUCUGCAUCAUUUUCUUGGAAAGGGCAGCUUUUUGCCGGCUGGAAAAGGCGCUGUUACUGCGCGAAUUGUCAAAUUUUCCUAUGCUCCAGCCGAAGAGGCUCGUCUAUUGGUGCAAGGAGGUGGAUUUCAUUCGCCUGCCACCAAAAACCUCAUCGACCUCUCGCCAUACUUCUUAUCCACGAAUCAAAUGACAACACAGCAAAAACGAGAAAAUGCGAAGGACCUGAAGGAUAAGAUCGCAGGUGAGUUGGCUCGUCCUAAAGAUUAUGGUCCAUUUUCGAAAGAGUUUGCUGAAUGGGCAUCAGAUUUUAUUGAAAUCUAUAUUCCAUCGCCCGUUCUUGAACUCGGCAUUACCGUCUACGAUACACCAGGUUUUCACUUUGGUGAUGAUCCUAUACUCGUCGAGAAUUUAAAAGACUUGAUCAGAGCUCGACGCCCUUCUCUAAUAUUCCUCUAUGACAAUGAAACUGUAUCAGAAGAUUCUAAAAAAUGUUUCGAUGCACUCAAAUUAUCUAUUCAAGAAAUAGCUGCAGUUGGUAUCUUCUUUCUUAACACAAAGGCUGACAUUAGCACAGUGUUACGCGAUGCUGGAAUAGAUGAAUUACCUGAGCAAGAAGAAAUAAAUGUUCUGCUUCAAAAGGAGCGAGUUGACCGAUAUUCUCUUUUACGCAACGUAUCGGGGAUGAGCAGUGGUUUGCCUGAUAAACUAAACGACUGCGAUUGUUUUGAUAUUUUCAGUGUCGAGGGCCCUGAACAUCCGAUGGAACAAACAAUGAAGAAAAGCGCUAUUGAUCGUAUUGUCACUUUUGCAGCAAAAUAUAAUUUACAAAACACUAAACAAGUUAGUCAUAUCAUAUUAAAUACGAUCACUACAUUUUUUGAUUUUGUUCUCGUAACCAAUCGGCGAUCAAAGGAAGAAUGGGAAAAGCUGCAACAAGAAGCGUUUAGAUGGGCCGAUGACUUCUUUGAGAAAUAUUCUUCGCAUUUAGAGAGUAUCGCGGAAGACGCUCAAGUACAAUUACCAAUAGAAUUCCGCAAGCACCGUAAUGAUUUCAUUGAACGAGCCAAAGAGUAUGCAGUACACGGUGUAUGGUCCACGGGUUGUGAUCCGUUGAGUAAUGAAUAUGAUCGAUACCAGGAGGCCAUCCAUGGAAAACUAUUUCUCGAAGGUCUCAUUUCACAAACUGUUACAGAUGAAAUAGUGAAACCAACUCUCAAUAAAAUUGUAGAAAAAACGAGUAGUCGAAUAAAAACGGAGAUCACCCAACAUGGACGUUUACCAAAUAAGUGUUCGAAGAAUGAACUCAUUAUGGCAGUCUACAGAGAUUUCCUCUAUACUAUCGGAAAUAUCGGCGACAAAACUUUUGAUAUUGUGGAUAUUCUGAACUACGCAGUUGGAAUAAUUUUUUUUCCAGUAGGCGUGGUAUAUUUGAUUGCUGCAGCGCCUAUCGUCGCUGUGUGGGCGUUAUCAGGUUUUAUCGCAAGAAAACUUACAAAACUAAAGCCGUCGGAGGAACUUAAAAUUUUAAAUAAGAUCGAGCAUCAGCUCAUCGAUGUUGAACAUAAUCUAGCGACUUGUGGCGACAGAAUUAAGAAAAGUGUUCAAAAGUGGCUUUCAGAAAACAAGAAGCAAUUCAAACAAAAAGUUAAGAAUUAUUUUAAGCUUGCCAUGAAAACAAUAAACCAUCGAAAAGAGGCUUACAUUCUCGCACGCACGUUUGCCGGCCAAUUUGCACGCAUUGAAUGCCGCUUAAAGGCUAAUAUUGAUUUGGCCAUACAUCAUGGAGUAAAACCUGACAUCAAUAUUGGAGAAGAAAUCAGUCGAGGUAGCUUCUUCUCAAUACAUCAUGCUUCUUGGGAUACUGAAGAACCUCUUGUCGCCAAAAUUAUACUCGACCCUAUUGCACAUCCUGACAUGGCUUAUAUGGAAGCACAUUUUCAUCGUUCUGUCACCGAUUUAAAUAUUGAACAUGUGGUACCACUACGGUAUCUCUACGAAGAAGAAAAUAAGAAAUUGUUUAUCCUGCUCCAUCGAUAUCCAUCGAGUUUGCAUGAUUAUCUGCGUGAUCAUAUGGCUGAAGUAACAAUCGAUAAAUCUAUACAGAUCGUACUUGAUAUUACCCGUGUUGUUGCUCAUAUGCACAACUAUGAACUUGUUCAUCGAGAUAUCAAAGCGCAAAAUAUUUUGCUCGAUAACAAUCUGCAAGUAUUUCUGGCUGACUUUGGCACAUGCCAACAUGGUACAGAAAAUUCGACCGUGAUCGGAGCGCGUCCGUUGGCACCAGAACUCACUGUGGAGAGUAAUCAUGAUUUCACGUACCAGGGCUCAGGUGCCGAUGUUUAUGCGUUAGGUGUAUUGAUGUACGUCGUAGCACCUAAACCGAUUUACUAUCCAAUAACGCAACCUAUUAUACAAGCUCAUAUUGAUACACUAGUCAACAUUCCGAAUAGUUACAUUACGUUGAUGCGUCGUUGUCUCUUAACUGAAGCUAAAUCGCGCCCAACAGCACAUGUCGUGGUCAACGAGCUUGAGAUGAUCGCAGAUCAGAUUGCAAAUUCCAAACCGUGUCUACAAUGUUUCGAUCGAUUAAGAUACGCUCGAUGCUUGCCCUGUCGACAUAAGACUCUAUGCAACAUAUGUUUCAAUGAAAUGCAACGACUAGCUACUCCUGAAAAACCACCAAAAUGUGUUCUUUGUCGACAAUUAAUCGCAGAUACAAUGGAAGACAGCGAUAGUAAUACCUACAUGUCAUGA